CUAAAGUCCCCAUCAGUUGAUUUUAUCAACAUACUUCCAUUUGAAACAACACUACGUGCCUUUGUACUGUGGGCGUCUGAUCUCAUUCUCACUGAAUGGCCUGGAGUUGUCAAAAUAGAACAAAACAAUUCUAACAAAUCUAAGGUGGCAACAUUUGUUGCAUUAGCCAUGCUGUUGCGUUGUAAACCUGAUGCUUUGACUACUGUUUUGCCAAACCUGAGGGAGACCCCUACUUAUCAAGGCGAGGACAAGCUUCCCUUUAUUAUUUGGAUGAUGGCUCAGGCCUCCCAAGGUGAUUUAUCUGCUGGCUUGUAUUCAUGGUCACGUAACUUGCUCCCACUAGUCGGUAAAAACAAGUGCUACAGCCCUCAGGCAAUGGAUCUCAUCCUGCAAUUUGUUGAGAUGUGAGACCAGUUUUUUAUGUCAUCUCCCUCCCUCCUCUGCUGUAUGUAACAACCAUCUGAUCUUGUUUAUGCAUCUAGGAUUUUGUCGAAUCCAGAGGCUCGGACCAUACUUGUAAAUGAAGCUGUUUGGGAGGGAGAGCGGCUGAUUCCACCUUCGUCAUUUGAGAUCUUGGUGCAACAUACAUUUCCUGCUUCAUCCGCUAGAGUAGAGGUAAGUGGUAGUAGUGUUGGAAUUUAGAUAAACAAAACAAACCCUUGAUGCAUGCUAUUGUCGUCUCUGAUCAUAAACAUGGUGCGCACAGGAAACAAAGAGGUUUGAGGCAAUCUAUUCCUUGUUGAAGGAAGUAGCCCUUGCACCAGAGAAUGCGACAGGAAGCAACACAAUGAAACAGAUAUUCACAUUUUCAUUGAGAUUAGCUGGAGAAAGUGUUGGUAACAAACGAAAACCUUGAAAUAUUGAGUUUUCUACUUCCUGCUCUCUGUUUUCCAAAUAGAGUUGUAAUGGAUUACCGUUGUUACAGAAAAUCCUGUUCUAGGCAAGGAAGCUAUAGCAAUCGCUAUCUGUUGUGUGACCAAAAAUGUUGAUUGCUUUAAGCACUGGGAUAAUCUCUAUAAGGAGAACAUAGUAGCUAGUGUUGCUCUUCUUAAAAAGCUUGUAGACGACUGGAAAUAUCAUUCCCUCAAACUAUCAUCUUCACCAAGUGUUACUCUCGCUGUCAAGCAUACUAUAUAUAGCUUCAGGAUGAAGGUAAUGCCUCUCUUUAGACUCGUCUAAGCUAUACCUAACUUCACCCAUAUUUUCGUCUCUGACCUCACCUGCUAUGUAUGUCUGUAGAACGAAAAAGCCAUCAUCACUGAAGGAGUAGACGAUAGUUUUAUUUACAAAGAAGCUGACAAGACCUGCGAACUGAUCUCGAGGAGACUCUCCCGUGGAAAUGGCGGCCUCCAAAUAGCACCCAUUACCGCUAUGGUUAUAGCAGCUGUGGCAGCCGCUGGAGGAGGUGUUGCAGGAGCCGCACUUGCUCGAUCUUUCCAGUAGCACUUGCUCGAUUUGCAACCAUCUUACCAAAAUUGUAAAAGUUGUAUAGAACUCAAGACUCAUUCAAACGGCCAUUUAGGCUUAAAUCAGGAGAAACUUUUAUAAACCAGUCUCAGCCGCCAGAUGUUUUUGAGGUUCUCCAAAAUCAGAUCACUCCAUAGAAUGCAAGUUCUAAGGCCAAUUGUGUAGGCUGUAUAAAGUAAUUCACCAAGGUAGAAAUUCCUCUAGUGUACACAAGCUAACAUUUGCAUUGGAACCACCCAUGUAAACUCUUAAAAAUUGGAGAUUACGCACUUUUUCAAAUGCUCGUGCACUUAUAGACAACUCCCUGGUCUUGGACAUAUCAAAAGAUAUACCAAUGACAGAUUCGGCACU